AUGGACGGAUGGAAUAGCCAGGACCUUUUGACAGGAAAAAGUACAACUCUACCUUGCUCAAGCAAGCAAGCUUGCAAUCAAGCAGUAAGGAAAAGUAGAGUAGGAAAAAAAGUAAAAAUGGGAAGGCCCACCCCCGGACACGGUGGUGGUGGUGGGACGGGAUACGAGGGUGGGAGUGGGAAGAGAAAUGAGGGAAGGAAAAAAAAAGUACAAUCAGCAAAAUAUAUAAAACGGGGAACUACUCCCACCUCGUUUUCCUUUUGUCACCUCCCCCCUCCAAGUUUUGCAUUCAUACCGGUCAGUACUGUCAGCCAGUAUACUUCGCACACACUACGGUUAUUAUAUUCAGCCAGCUUUGUUGUUGCUUUGAACUUCAGAACACAUUUUGCAAUCCCUGAAUCUGCGCGCAAGAAAGAAAGAUAUAACCUCCGAAAAGAGAAUUUCGAAGGGAGAAAAAAGUGGGAGAGAAUUUCCAAAACAGAGUUUAGUCAAUUACCGGUAGUCAAUUGUACCGCAGCCUACAAGUAA